CGGGGGAGACGCGGAGCUGCCCGGGGGGUGCCCGCCGCUGCAGGAAGGGAGAAGCGCCGCCGCCGGACAGCAUCUGUCCGGGAGCACCGAGCCGCGGGUGGCUUUGCCCGCCUGGGGUGCGGGGAGGGCGGCGCGGUGCUCUUCGGCGGGGUGGCACAAAGUUUGGCGGCUGGCUGCCCUGACUCGCCCGCAGCGGCCAUGGAGCCCAAGCACAAGGAGCUGCUCGCUCAGUGCCGCCAGAGCCUGGCCCAGUCCAUGACCGAGGUGGACAAAGUGAUCGAGCUGCUGGAGGCUGCUGGCACCUUGAGCCCCCGCGACCUGCACGAGCUGCAGGAAGCCGCCGGAGGGGGAGCGGGGGCCGCCAGCAAGGCCGACCGGCUCAUCCAGCUGCUGCUGGCCAAGGAUCGGGACCAUUUCCAAGACCUGCGGGUGGCCCUGGAGAAAACGCAGCCUCACCUGCUCUCGAUCCUCUACCUGAACGGGGUGGCGGGGGCGCCGCCCGGGGAGACAGCCGGGUCCACUUACAGUGUGCUGUCCAUAAUGCCAUCUGAUUCCGAAAGUAGCAGUUCUCUCAGUAGCAUUGGUACGACAGGCAAAGCAUCAUCCCCACCACCUGUCUUAGACACAAGGCAGAUGAAUGAGAAACUAGAGACUAUUUUAUUUCAGCUCCGCCAGGUUACACGCGAGAGGGAUGAGUUACGCAAGCGCCUUGCACUUUCAUCUCCUGGAUCAACCUUCGAUGACUGCAGGCCUAGUCCAAAACCAAGUCAUGAUUAUGAAAGAUUGAAGAUCCAGUGUAUGAAAGCCAUGUCAGACCUACAGUCUCUACAGAAUCAACAUACCAAGACACUGAAAAGAUGUGAAGAAGCAGCCAAAGAGGCAGAUUUUUAUCAUACCUUGCAUAGUCGACUGCUGAGUGACCAGUCACAGCUGAAGGAGGACAUGGAUACCUUGAAGAGGAAGAAUACGCAGUUGGUGCGAGAGCAUAACCAUCUCCAGCAAUCAUGUGAGGAAAUGAAGAGACUUCAUGAUGAGGAUCAGAAAGAGAUAACAGACCUACGCAGCCAGCAACAGCAGGUUAUGAAACAGAAUGGAUCCUCAGAGAUACUGAAUAAACUCUAUGAUACAGCAAUGGACAAGCUAGAAGGUGUGAAAAAGGAUUAUGAUGCGUUAAGGAAACGGUACAAUGAGAAGAUAGCAAGCCACAAUACAGAACUUAGCCGGCUAGAACAGACUGAGGAGGAGAACAGGCGUCUUCAGAAGCAGAUUGACAUGUUAAUGAAACAGAGGGACACAGCAAUACAUGUCCAGCAGCAGUAUUCCUCCUCUCUUAGAAGGUUUGAGUCAAUUCAGCAAGAACUAAGCAAAGCAACUGCGCAGAACAAGGAGUUACAGAGAGAGAUGGAGCGGUUACAGUCAGAAGUGACACGGUUCAAAACAAUGCAGCUGAAGGCAGUGAAGGAUGCAGAGAAGUACAAGGAAGAGAGAGACUCUGUUUUCAAUGAAUAUCGCCUCAUAAUGAGUGAGAGAGACCAAGUGAUCAAAGAGGUGGAUAAGCUUCAAACUGAGCUAGAGCUUGCAGAGUCCAAACUGAAAAACACUUCCUCAGAGAAAAGAGUGGCUAGUGAAGAGAUGGAAGCUUUAAGACAGGAGCUAAACUCAGCUCUAGUGGAAAGAGAUCGAGCAAUUUGUGAGAGGAAUGAGUUGCUGGAAAAGUACUGUCAUGAAGUGAAGGACAAGGCUGAGGCCAAGAAGGAGCUUGAUCAAGCUUGCAAGGAUAUAGAGACAGUGAAGGAAGAAAGAGAUGUUGCCAGGAAAGAGAGAACAGAAGCUAUCAUCCAGAGAGACCAUCUGCUAAGGGAAUAUUACCAAGCUCGUCAGAUCCAAGAUUCUGCUACACUGGACGUAGAAAGAGCUAACAAAGAAAUUGAAAUGCUUCGGAAGCAAUAUGAGGCCAUGUCACAGGAGCUAAAGGAAGCCAUCCAGGAAGCAGAAGUAGCCAAAUGUCGGAGAGAUUGGGCCUUUCAAGAACGGGACAAGAUAGUUGCGGAAAGAGAAAGCAUCCGGACUUUGUGUGACAACUUGAGGAGAGAGCGAGACAGAGCUGUGAGUGACUUGGCAGAGGCUCUUCGCAAUCUUGAUGACAUGAGGAAGCAAAAAAAUGAUGCUGUGCGUGAACUGAAGGAACUAAAAGAGAAGAUGGAGAACCAGUUGGAAAAGGAAGCCAGGUUUCGGCAAUUGAUGGCCCACAGUUCUCACGAUUCAGCUAUAGACACGGAUUCUCUGGAAUGGGAAACAGAAGUGGUGGAGUUUGAAAAAGACCGAGAGGAUAUGGACUUGAAAGCACUUGGUUUUGAUGUGGCAGAAGGUGUGAAUGAACCAUACCUCCCUGGAGACUGUGGGAUUUUUGUCACCAAAGUAGACAAAGGAAGUAUUGCAGAUGGUCGAUUAAGAGUGAAUGAUUGGUUACUGAAGAUAAAUGAUGUGGAUCUUACUAAUAAGGAUAAGAAGCAAGUUAUAAAAGCUGUACUUAAUGGAGGAGGAGUUAUUAAUAUGGUGAUUCGAAGAAGGAAGUCCUUAGGCGGGAAAGUGAUAACACCUUUGCACAUCAAUCUUGCUGGGCAUAAAGAUAGUGGAAUUAGUUUAGAAAAUGGAGUAUUUGCUGCUGCUGUUGUGCCCGGUAGCCCUGCUGCCAAAGAUGGAUCCCUUGCUGUGGGAGAUAGAAUAAUUGCCAUUAAUGGCAUUGCACUAGAUAAUAAAUCACUGACUGAAUGUGAAGCUUUGCUACGAAACUGUAGGGAUUCCCUUACCCUCUCAUUGAUGAAGGUUUUUCCUCAGAGCUCAUCCUGGAGUGGUCAGAACAUAUUUGAAAACCUGAAGGAUUCAGAGAAAAUAUCGAACUGCAGGGUUCAUACAUCAGAGAUACAAGUUCAGAAUAAAAGAAACUUGAAACACAACAGUUCAACACAGACAGACAUUUUCAAUCCAGACAUCCUGGAUGGCAAGAAGGACCAGAGUGACCAGGGGAGUGGUUCGUUCUGUGAUCACACGCCCUUUUCCAGCCGUGCUUUACGGGCAGACUCUCGCAGGAAUGCUGUGCACAGCUGCCACAGUAAUUCAGAACACAGUCUUAGCUCCUUUAGUCCAGACACUUAUGGGGAACGAGGCUAUGGACUUGUUGACUUGGAUGGCAGGAGGCUGCCAUUUGAGCCCACGGUAGCCGACUGCAUCAUGGUUGAGACCACGCUAGACAAAGGGCAUGGAGCUAAGCAUAGUGGUGGUACGUGGCCUAAAGUGAUGGUCAAUAUUUCAACAGCAGAAACUGAAAAGUUCUCUGUGUACAAAAAGCCAAAACAAAGGAAGUCCAUCUUCGACCCUGACACUUUCAAAAGACCACAGACUCCUCCCAAAAUGGACUAUCUCUCCACUAAUCAGGUGUCCGCGCAUUCACCUCAGCUCUCAAAAGCUGAAGUGGCUUCAACUCCUCCAACCCCUCCCAAGAGAAGUGACUCUAUUAAAUUUAAACAUAAACAGCAGACAAGUUCUGCAUCAGACUCUACUGUAACGACUGGAUCCCCACCUACCAGCCCAGCUACUGCGCAGCCCCCAGUGUCCUUGGCACUUAAGCAGGAUUCAGACACUCACAAGGGGCACAGCAGGAAUGCUGGGCAUUAUUACAGGGAGGAGGGGAUCGACUGCACUCAUUUAUCUUCAAGAAAAUCUUGUGAAGAUGACAUUGGCUUUCAAAGAGUUGAAGAGCCAGAGAUAAAAAGACCAAGACCAAAAUCGGCACCUGCUUUGAGACAUAAACUGACCCCUGUGCCCAUUCCUAAUCCUUCACUUCAGGUACAGAAAUACACUCCAGCCAGUGAAGAGCAUCUCUCUCCGGAGCUCCAGGAGUGGCCGCCGUAUUCACCAAAACGUUCCACUAGGCACAGUGAUGGUUUUGUCUCUUCCUCCUUGUACACGGGAGCCAUGUCAGCAGGUACUGUACCAAGAAGUUUAGCACCAUGUCCUGCAGUAACUGCUGUCAUGAGAAAUCCAGUUUAUACUGCUUGGAGCCACAGAGUUCACACCAACAAUUGCCCGUCUGUUGCCAGCCAAAUCUGCCAUCAGCAUCUGCAUCCCAGUGCUCAGCACCAAGGUCGCCUGAGUUUGGACCUAAGUCACAAACACUCCAGUGAUUAUUCUGAAAAUUCACGGACAAGAGCAUCACAUGGUUCAAAUUCAUUACCAUCCAGUGCAAGACUUGGUUCUUCCAGCAACUUGCAGUACAGGACGGAAAGAAUUAAGAUCCCUUUAACCCCAAGGUAUCCAAGGUCCAUCAUUGGCUCCGACAGGGGUUCACUGUCACAUUCUGAAUGUAGCAGUCCCAGCCUGAUAACCCCUCCACAAUCACCACUGAACCUGGAAACAUCUUCUUUUGCCAGCAGCCAGUCACAGAACUCGCUUUCUACGUUACCUAGGAUUUCUAUUAGCCCGGUAUCAAUUGGAGAGCGUAGAAAAGAUAGGCCGUACAUGGAAGAACCACGCCAUGUUAAAGUGCAAAAGGGUUCUGAGCCACUAGGGAUUUCCAUUGUGAGCGGAGAAAACGGUGGGAUAUUUGUGUCUAAAGUAACUGGUGGAAGCAUUGCCCAACAAGCUGGCCUUGAAUACGGUGAUCAGUUACUGGAGUUCAAUGGAAUAAAUCUGAGAAAUGCUACAGAGCAGCAGGCUCGACUGAUCAUUGGACAGCAAUGUGACACCAUUACUAUUCUGGCUCAGUACAACCCACAUAUGUAUCAACUUGGCAAUCACUCACGAUCGAGUUCUCGCUUAGAACCGGUCAGCAAUCAUUCCACUCCUCAAGGCAGUGGAGCUGCAACCCCUGACAAUCAUUCCAUAAUUGAUACUGUGAGUGAACAGGAUGAAGGAACAAUGACACCUCCAUCCAAACAAACCACACCUACAACUAGUCCCCGGAAUUCCAUGAGGGUCACUGUGGACACAAACAAGAGGACCCCUGAACCAAGAAAUGUUGUCAUUAAAAAAUCCCAAGUGGAGCUUGGAAUCCAGAUAUGUGGUGGAAACCUGCAUGGAAUAUUUGUGUCUGAUGUAGAAGAUGACAGCCCAGCAAAAGGACCUGAUGGACUAGUAACGGGAGACAUGAUACUUGAGUAUGGAUCUGUUGAUAUGCGAAAUAAAACAGCUGAGGAAGCCUACCUUGAAAUGCUGAAGCCAGGAGAAAAUAUAAGAGUAAAGAUUCAGUACAGAAUAGAAGAAUUCAACAAGAUUAAAGAGUUACCUGGAGAUGGAUUCUAUAUCAGAGCACUUUAUGAUCGGCUGGCAGAGGUGGAGCAGGAUUUAAACUUUAAGAAGGAUGACAUUUUGUAUGUUGAUGAUACUCUACCUCAGGGGAACUUUGGUUGCUGGAUGGCUUGGCAGCUGGAUGAGAAUGCUCAAAAGCUAGAGAGAGGACAGAUUCCCAGCAAAUAUAUGAUGGACCAGGAGUUCUAUAGGAGACACAGUAUGUCUGAGGCUAAAGAUGAAAACAGCUCCACUAAGACUUUGUCAGCAGCAGCUCGAAGAUCAUUCUUUAGAAGAAAGCAUAAACACAAACGUAGUGGUUCCAAAGAUGGAAAAGAUUUACUGGCUCUUGAUACAAUCAGUACAGACUCCAUUCCUUUCUUGGAUGAUUCUGUGAGUCUGGUUUAUCAGCGUGUACAGAAGGUGCAUUGUACCUCUCCCAGGCCUGUACUCAUUCUAGGACCAUUACCUGAUGCUGUGAAGGACAUGCUAGUCAAAGAAUCUCCUGGAAAAUUUUGCAGAUGCCCCCUUGAAGUGAUGAAAGCUUCCCAACAAGCCAUCGAACGGGGAGUGAAAGACUGUUUGUUUAUAGAUUACAAACGAAGGAGUGGACAUUUUGAUGUGACAACAGUAGCUUCAAUAAAGGAGAUAACAGAGAAGGACUGUCAUUGUCUAUUGGACAUUGCUCCUCAUGCCAUUGAACGGCUCCACAGUGUUCAUAUCUACCCUAUUGUCAUCUUCAUUCGAUACAAAAACGCUAAGCAAAUCAAAGAGCAAAAAGACCCAAUCUUUCUGAGGGACAAAGUUACACAAAAACAUUCCAAAGAACAAUUUGAGACAGCUCAAAAAAUAGAACAGGAAUAUAGCAAGUACUUCACAGGUAUUGUCCAGGGAGGAGCCCUUUCAAGCAUUUGCACUCAGAUUAUGACAACUGUUGAUCAAGAACAAAAUAAAGUCCUGUGGAUUCCAGCUGGCCCGCUAUAGAUACUUGCCGUGAAACUCUUCUACAGAUGUAACUAACAGUUGGCUUUUCUUUUUGUCCAAUGGACACUGUCCAUUUUUAUCUCUAUAGAGAUAUAAAUGAUUGAUUUAUGAAGGGGAUUGAUACACUGAACAAAAAAACAUCCACAAGGUGUGCUGGAAGAGAGAGAUCACUUUAUCAGAAGAACUUGUAUUUUAUUGUGUGCUUUUAUACAAAACAGAAUGGGAUAUAAUGUAGGUGUACUUUUUCAUAAGAGAUUAAUUUAGUGAUGCUGCGAAACAAAAACCCUUUAGAAUGACAAGUUUACAAAAACCUUUUCCAAGUAUUUGGUUGUUGAUGUUUACUUGAAUGUCUUUAAGUUUCUUUCCUUUCCCCAAAUGAGGCAUAUCUCCAAAAUGGAGUGAUGUUUUUACAUAUGAAUGAAUGGUUGUGGGCAGUGUGAUUCUACCUUGCAAUUCUGACCAUUUCCGAGCACACUGUUGACAUGACUACCGGAUAAUCACAUGGGUUUUGUGAACGGUACAUUUUGGGAGUGAGCUCAGAAGGAAGUACACUCCUCUACAGGGCAGACCACUGUUGAUAAAAUACAAACGCUUGUCUGUCAAAGAUACUGUUUUUCGUUUUUCUGCAUGGAUCGAAUAUUUAAACAUCAUAAUAUAUCUGAUCACUCUAAACUUAAUGUGUGUUGAGAAAUAAUUUUUGGUUGUUGGGCCUGGAUUAAAUAGAGAUGGGGAGAGUCAAUAGCUAGGCCUAGCAUGCUGUGUUUGUCACUUUCAGAGACUGUAAAUAUUGAAAGCUUAUGUUGGUGCAAUUUUGCAGGGUAAUUCUUAAGCAUUGUACUUCAGUGUGUAGCAUUCACAUAGAUUUUUAUUUAAUAUAAGAACAGUCACAGUUUUAGGGCUUUGAUUAAAAGCCUUUAGGGAGGUACCAUAAUUGUUAGUGUUGUCACUGUCAACAAAUAAGCAAUCGUUUAGUUUUGGUUACAAGACUUAUGUACCCAUUGUACCAAACUCCGUUGUAUCAGUUCCGUUUUUGUUUUUGCACUUCUGAGUCUGUGUUCCUAACACAAAGUUUGUUUUUGUCUCUCUUUAACUGUAUGUCAUGUUUGUAGAUACUGUACUUCAGCUGUUCUUUUGAAGUAGAACUGUUUCUUGGUGACUGUUCCUAACAUUUCAUUAUGUAGCAAGAAGUAUUUUGUAGUUUUACCCAACAUUGUGUAGUUUUGCUUUUAUUUUCAGUUUUUUAAUUAAAAAAGGGAUUUUCUUGUACAGUUCUUCAAAGAAAAAUUUGGUCCUAAAAUUUAACUUCUGUUUUCCAGAUACUGUUUUAUAGUUCAAAAUACUUUAAAAAAAUAUAUAGGAAAUGUAUUGAUGAAUUACUGGUAAAAAUACUUUACAUGUUGAGGGACAGCAGUUAUAUUUUUUUUAAGUUGAGGUCAGAGUUGGACUCCAAUGGUACAAUUGAAACAGACAGGUACAGUUCUGACUUGGAUUUUCUGAACUAAAAAUAAAAAUGUCACUUUGUAUAAAAAAAAAAAAGUAAAGAAGCUGAUUAUUGUGUUAAAUAACAGUCAAUUUCUAGAACUUGACUUGUGCAUGAGAGCUAUUUAUAUAUUGUAUAUUCUCACUUUUUACUUGAGACAUACGGAGCCAAUUUUAAUUCUUGUACUCAUAACAUUUGCACAUAUAAAAUCUUCAUUCUGUGGGCUCUACACACAGGCUUUCUCCACAAAAUAGAUUCUGAAGGCAUAAUUUGUACACUUAUCUCCAAUUCUCUGGGUUUUCAGGGUGUUGGAAGAAUUCAGACUUGUCAAUAGAUGUUUCAAGGAUACAUUCCUUUCUGAAGCACCUGCCAAUUGAGAUAAUUGAUGAAAAACUGUCCCUUACCUAUAUUUUUUAUAAGUAAAACAUUAACAUCAAUUAAUCUAACCAAGUUUUCAUGUUCUGCAGUAGGCCAUCACAUGUCUACCAAACUGGUGAUCCAGUACCCAAGCCUGCACAGGAUCUGUGUCCCUUCCUACUUGAAGAAAGGAAAUUUUGGGGUGGCACAUAUACAUAUUCUUCAGCAUAGUGAGUGUCCCAGUUCAUACAGUGGUAGUUUUUCAGAAGUGUAUAGCAAGGACACCAAAACCAUUUGAACUAAUAUAAACAAAAUUAACAACUAUGAACAACAUGCUUCAUUCAUCUGGGAACCAGCCUAACACCAUCCUCCUAGCAACACCCUCAUGCAAGACUUGGAAUUCAAGUACUAGGUAUGUUGUGAAGAAAUCCCUGGCCUGAGUGCAGAAGAAAAUCUUCUUGCCUUCUGCAUCCAACACAUAAAACUUGGUACCUUAAAGCCAAGUGAUAGGAAACACAGUGAACUUGAUCAGCUGAAUGACUGCCUUGGUUUUGGCUAGGUCUAUUUUUAGCAUUGUGCAGGCAUCCAUGGCUUGGGACAGAUUUAUAGUGCAAUUUUGUGAGACUUCUAGGUAAUGCAGUUGACUUGAGGAAUGAAUUCUGGGUUUGUCCAAAGAAGAACUUUAUCGGCAUGAAAAAUUCAGUACUGGUUCUGUCUGGACAGAACUUUUAAAUUGCACUACAGAUCAAGCUAACAUUACUGCUAUCAAGGCUACUUGCCAGAGAGGGAAGUAUGAAAGGGUGGCACAUGAGACUGUUCAACAUCAGGUUGAGGCCCAUCAUGCAACUCUGUACCCCAGCUUUUACAUUAUAGCCAGACACAGUCUACUCUUUUCACUGAUUUAUCUGGAAGCUAAAAGGGUAGAGAUUAUCCUAUCUGAAUAUUCCUGCAUCAGUAGUCACUUAAUUUCUAAAUGCCAGGCAGCCAACUUUAGCCUCCCAUGGUCAUACUGCAUGAUGGGUAAGGCAAUUCCUAUCUGCAUCCCUAUACUUUGAAUACCCAAUUAUGGCCCUUAGUCAGAAUACAGGAAUUUACAUAAUAUUGUAUAGUUACUGAGGAAAAAAAGUUCUAUUAUCAAGCAGGGAAUUGUGUAUGUGAGAAAUAAGUGAACUGUUGUGGGUCAGUAGAGCGCACUAUCCCUGUGCUCUGACUGUCAGGAGACUGAAAUGGAAAUCUUUGUCAGAUGCUAUUCUCAGCUUUUUGGCUUAAUUUGAGACAGACUUUGUGUCAGACACAACACCUCAAGGCUAGAUUUGCCAGUAAUUCCAGAAGAAAUAAUUUUGGCCCAGUGUUUUACAUAAUGCACAUAGGCCUGUUCUACAAACUGCAGUAGUUAGAAAACGAGUUCUGAAAAUCUUAUGCCUGCAGUCAGACAUACAGCACAGUACUUUACCUAGUGACCUUUUCAAAAUAUUACCAUAUUUCAGACUGUUUUCUUAGCUGUUAGUAGGAUGUCUUUCUCAAAUGGAGUCCACUAGCAUGGAGUGUGCAAACAUUCCUUUUUGCCUUAUCUGGUCAUUUUUACUGUUGCUUCAUCAAGUUCUGGAAAUAAACCUAUGAUGCAUGAAAUGAACAUGAAUAUUUUUAUAUGAUUUUGUUUUUAAAGUAAGAUGUGCAGCCUCUGUGCCCUCAAAUAGUUUGUAAAAAUGGGGUUUUGAG